AUGCUCGUCUCGCUGACCGUCGGCAAGGUCGACGCGGGCGUCACAGUCCUGCUGACACCCGACAAGCGACUGAUCGAGUUCCCAUCUAUCCUACUCCCACCUGACAUCUCGUCCGGGUCCAUCGUCGACAUCACCGUUGCGCGCAACACGAGCUCAGAGGCCGCUGCCGAGCAGGCCUUCCGCGCCCUGCAAGACCGAAUCUUCUCGGCCUUUGGCGCUGCCGAGCCUGUCGCCCCCCAGCUCCGCUGCCGCAACGCGACCCAGACGAGCGUCGUGCUCGAGUGGGAUCCCAUCCAGCUCGCCACGGCCGACCUCAUCAGCCUGGCUCUCUACCGCAAUGGCCAAAAGGCUGGCAACAUCCCGCGCCCUACCGCCAUGCACUCGACCAAGAUUAGCGGCCUCGCCGUCGACGCCGAGUACACGUUCCACCUCGUCCUGCGCACCACGGCCGGCACCUACACGAGCGACCGCGUCACCGUUCGCACCCACAAGAUGACGGAUCUGAGCGGCAUUACCAUCACCACGGGCAUCCUGCCGGCAGCUGUGCGCGAGAACCUAACCCACGCCGUUGAGCGUAUCGGCGCCAAGAUUGUUGACGGCGUGCGCAUCGACACGACCCACUUUGUCACCACCGAGGGCCGCGGUGUCCAAUGGGAGAAGGCCAACGAGCUCAACAUACCCGUCGUGCGCCCCGAGUGGGUCGACGCCUGCGAGCGCAACGGCCGCAUUCUCGGCGUCACCAAGUUCUACCUCGACGCCGUCCGCAUCGGGCAGACCCCCGCCGACGACCGCCUUCCGCCCGUCGCUACGCACAAGGACCUACCGCCGGAGCCGCCUUCCGCCAAUGGCGCGGGCCCCAGCAGGCCGUCGGCGGGACCAUCACCGAGCGCCACGAGCACGGCGACGCCAGCGUCCAGGAAAGAAGAGGCUGCCGAAGAAGAGGCUGCCGAAGAAGACGUUGCCUCGACGUCGGACUCGGAAUCUGAGCGAAGUGAAGACGACGAGGCAGAGGAGAGGCAAAAAGUCAGGGCGGGCGGGCAGGAUGAGCAGAAGGUCCUAGCAGAAGAGAGAGAGCAGCAGAAGCUCGCGGUGCGGCCAAAACCAACCGUCGAGGAGGGGCCGAGCGAAGAUGACGAAGACGGCGACGGCAGCCGCUUGAAAGAGGAGAAAGGCGGGAAGUCGCCAGGUGACGGGUCGUCGUUCCAGGACGUAGCACUUUAA